AUGCGAUAUACCCGUGCGAGUGUUCCAGAGGAUCAACGUUACCUGGCAUCGACCGCCGUUAUUAUGAGCGAACUGAUCAAAACCCUUGUCUGUAUGAUUGUUCUUUACAUGAUGCCUGCAGCCCAUCAGCGGUCAUUGUCACGACUCGCCACCCUUCUUCAGCGUGAAGUCGUAGUUAAUUGGCGGGAAAGUAGUAAAUUGGCGCUGCCUGCUUUUCUUUAUUUGAUUCAGAACAACCUACAAUAUGUCGCGGCGACCAAUCUCGAUGCUGCCACGUUUCAGGUCACUUACCAACUCAAGAUCUUGACCACAGCGUUUUUCAGUGUGGUGAUUCUGAAGCGUAGUUUGAACCGCUUAAAGUGGUGUUCAUUGGCUCUGUUGACCUUUGGCAUUGGACUUGUGGUGCUGCCCAAGGACGCUUCGUUGGCCGCAAUCGCUUACUUUACCGGCGAAACCGAACCAGAAAUCGUGUCGGAUGUGCCUUCAACCAGUGUCGGCAAUCAGUCCAACAUGGAAGGAUUUAUGGCCGUGUUGAUGGCAUGUGUUCUUUCGGGCUUGGCAGGUGUCUAUUUUGAAAAGAUCCUCAAAGCUCCGGUUAAACAGCCGAAUGCCGGAGAUGAGGAGAGCAAGGCGAUGAUGAAGGACGAGGACAACGAUUCAUUACGAUCUCCGCAAGGUCACUCGCCGCAAGAAGAUACAACCGCCGCUCAAAGUCAGCUGUGGAUUCGAAACAUUCAAAUGUCCUUCUUCUCCGUGUUGCUCGGCCUGAUCUUUGUCGUCUUGAUGCAGGAUGGUGCGACCAUUGCCGAAAAGGGCUUCUUUGUCAACUACACGUGUUUGACCUGGGUCGUGAUUCUUAUUCAGGCGUUUGGUGGAUUGAUCGUGGCGCUUGUUGUCAAGUACGCCGAUAAUAUCCUCAAAGGGUUUGCCACCAGCAUCAGUAUCAUUCUGUCCAGUCUUGUCAGUGUCUGGCUUUUCAACUUUGUUCUCUCCGGUUCCUUUGUGCUCGGCGCCAUCUUUGUCAUUUACGCGACCUAUCUCUACGGCUUAUAG